AACAUCUGGCGCUUUCCAACAUGACACGACACUACUAAAGGAGAUAGAAGACUUCAUAAAAGUCGCAUCGUGUUUAGUAAGACUGUAUUACUCGUGCUGGGUGUUUUCUGAGUGUGUAUGUGUCGUGUAAAUCUUACCCAGCUCGGUCGAUACGAUCUCCGGACACCCCCCCUCCCCCGGAAGCAUGGAUGACUCGGAUGGUUUAGCCCAGUGAGUCCAGGGAUCAAGCUCCUAGCUGUUCUGCUACAAUAAGUUGUGAACUAUGGACGAUCAAUCCUACUUUCGGCGUUUAUAAAUGAAUACUUUGAUCGUUUCGGGUUGAUUGCGACGCGAUGUGAAAACACGGCUUCGUGGAGAGAAGUGCCAAGAAGCUCCAUGGCAAUCAGCAACUUCAAAUUUGGCUCAUAAUCUUUUUUUGGGGGGUUCGCAUUAAUGGCUGCUCAGUCUAGCGUACGCGAAGAACUGAACGUCCUGCGGAGGAAAGAAUGGGAGCGGAGGAACCAGGAGACCCUGCAGGACAAGGAGCUGUAUCAGGAGAGUACGCCGCUCUUUGGGGAGCCUUACAAGACAAACAAAGGCGAUGAACUGUCCAGCCGCAUCCAGAGGAUGCUCGGUAAUUACGAGGAUGGGAACAACUUCCAGUACAACCAGUUUGACGGGGAACCCAUGGCUCAACCCCCUUCGUCAUCGUCGUACGGACGUUCAGGGAACCCCGUGCACAAGGACAAAACGGAUCCCUCAUUCCAGAGUUCAUCGUCGUACGGAAGCACUAAACAAGGCCACUCGAGUCACAGCUCGUCUAAGCCUUCGAAGAAGUUCCCGAUCCUGGAAAUCUCCUUCCCAGUCCAGAGCAAAGAAGGUCCCGGCAAAUCCCAUCAAACGAAAACAGGCUCCUGGCCUGACAUGAGAGACUAUGCCACCUUACCGCCUCCUGUUCUUCCGGACCUUUCACCGCCUGCAGAACCUUUGUCCCCUUUACAUUCCAGCGAAUCAGAACAGGACAUGGAUGAUGAUAACGGUACCAACGAGCACUCGCUUUCCCCUCGCUGCAAAAGUUCUUCCAGAAGGACUGUCCCGUCUCAGCGUUCAGAGGCCCAACAAAAGGAAACGUCCCACCUGGGCGGAGACGCCCCAAUCCAGGCUUCUCAGACCUUCCCGCUUCCACUGUCUUCCAAGCCCAACUUGGCCAACUCUAGGAAGCCCAUGGCGUUGGUCCGACCCAUGGAUGGACCUGACCAGGUCAACAACGAGUCCCCGAAUCUUAAACCGUCGCCCGACGACUAUCACGGACAGUCUUACGAGAACUUGUCGGAUCUGAAGAACGUAGGCAAGCCGAACCUUCCUCCGCUAAAGAUCCCGUCGCAGUCUGUAGAGAUGCUGUCAAAUGAGGUUCAGCGUGUGGAGGAGAUUCUCAGAGAAAUGACCCACUCAUGGCCUCCUCUGCUAACGGCCAUUCAAACCCCGAGUACAGCCGAGCCAUCCAAGUUCUCCUUUCCUAACAAGGAGUCCAGUGUUCAUCGUGGAUACCAGCAGCCUCAAAAGCACAGUGAGUCACCACCGAAAGCUCCGCUGUCACCUGUUCACCAGCACCCAGUUGCGUGUGAAGAUGGCAGUGCCGCUGUGUUGGCGCCUGCCAACGGAGCGGGGUCUGGGAGCUCCAGUGACUCAGAGAGCAGCUCCGAGUCUGAAUCCGACAGCGAGAGCAGCGACAGCGGCACAGAUGAGAUGCCACCUGCUCCUAGGAGUAACACACCACCAGUGAAGGCCGAGGGGCUGAAAGACAUCAACUGGCAGUUGAUCACUUGGAUCAAGGAGAGCCAGCAGAGCCUGAACCCUCAGAACCAGGCAAACGUUGCGUCAAAACCCAAGCCCAAACCUGCGGCCAGCACCAAAUCGCAAAUGCACACUCGCUCUGCGGAGGAUUCCAAACCCAAAAAUAAGAAACACUACAACUCCUCCCGUACUCCCCCCGCCCAGCCCGAGUUCAGCGACGCCAAUCCUGAGGCCAAGCCCGCCCCUGUUAACCAACACACCAGCCACAAACCUGCUUCUAACGCCAAUCCGGAAGCAGGAACCCGAAAAACGGUAGGUGAUAACCGCCUAGGGAAGAGCACCAAAGCCCAGAGCAGCUUGCACGUCGAAAGCGUGGAGGUGACUCCCCGCAACAAAGAUGCAACGUUUACGGAAAGGCCAAAGGUCAAGACGAAAACUGUUCACGAGAAGAAAUCUGAGAGCAGAAAAUCGACCAAACGGUCAUCUUCGGAAAAAAGGGACGGGAAAGAAGCAGCUGCGAAGCCUACCACAGCGGUGGCGGAGGACAAAAAGGAGGCGGAGCCUGUUCGCCCGUCCUCCCCGCUACCCAAAAGCAGCGUAACUGUAACUCGUGCGCCCUCCAAAAGCUCCAAAAAGAGCCGGGCUCGCUCACCGAAGACGGACAGGAAAUCCAAAUCCUCGGCAUCCAAAUCGACCGUCGACGUUCCUCUCACUUUGGUGGUGAAGAUCCAGCUCAGUCAGCUGGCCAGAGUGCCACAGGUACCCAAAGCAACGAAGACCGGAACCAGCGCUCAUGUGGAGACCCCUUUAAAGAAACCGAGCCAGGAGAAAGAACCUGGUAAAGCGGGCAAGAAGAGACCUGCUGAUCACACUGAUCUCUCCGUGCCAAAAAAGAAGCCGAAACUGGAAAAGGACAGAGAGGGAAAAGCGUCGUCUUCAUCUCAGCACAGCUCCGUCAAAACAGAAGCAGCCGCGAGGAGCCGCGAGGAGUCAGACAGGAAGAGCAGCAAGAAGGUCCACACUCCUGCUCCUCACAACCCGGGACAGGGACGCCGCGCUGGAGAGAUGGAGGAGAGUGGCAACUCGGGCAGCAAGCACAAGAAGAAGUGCUCGAUCAGAGCAGAGCAUGGCAAGAGAGACAAGAAAGCACCAAAGAGCAGCACAUCUGCCCCGGAUUCGUCGGCUUCCUGUGGAGCCCCGGCAGCGCACCGACCCCUGCUCAAGUUUGACGACAAGCAGUACCCUGUGGAUUAUCAUAUGAAGGAAGCCAAAAAGCUGAAGCACAAAGCCGACGCCAUGGUGGAUAAAAUGGGUAAGGCCUUGAGUUACCUCGAUGCUGCCAUGUCCUUCGUAGAGAGUGGCAUCGCCAUGGAGACAGAUCCCCAGACGCCCAAGUCGGCUUACACCAUGUUCUCCGACACCGUAGAUCUCAUCAGAUUUAUCCUGAAGCUGAAGAACUACGUAGACCCGUCAGCUCCUGCUUCAGAGCGAGACUUCUUAGUCCUGUGUAUGCGAUGUCAGGCCCUCCUGCAGAUGGCGAUGUUUCGCUGUAAACGCGAAUCGGCGCUGAAGUAUUCUCGCACACUCACCGAAUAUUUCAAGAGCUCCAAGACGAUGCAGGCUCCUUCCCCCUGCAUCUCAAAGAGCUCGUCCCCGAGGUCCCCGAUGCCGUCCCCGGCGAGUUCGGUCAUCUCCAAUCCCAGCGGCAGCGGAAGCACUGUGUCCAUUCCUCAGCUCAUCCAGCAGAUGGCGUCAUCGUACAUCAACAUCACCGCUCUCUUCCUCAACGCUCACGAGACAUGGGAACAGGCCGAGGAGCUGGCACGCACACGCACCGGUCUGUUGAGCGAUCUGGACAAGGUCCUCGGCCACCUGAGUUUGACCUCCAGCAUGCCGGUUCUGGUGCGUUACACUCGCCAAGGUCUCCACUGGCUCAGACUGGACACCUCGAACCCUUGCAGCGGCCCGUGAGCUUGUGUGUGUGUGUGUGUGUGUGUGUGUGUGUGUGUGUGUGUGUGUGUGUGUGUGUGUGUGUGUGUGUGAGAGGGAAAACGGGCGUCUUUUAAUUAUUUUAUGUUCUGCUUCGGGAAGGAAGGAAGUCCGUUUGCACUUCGUUCUGAAAGAAAGCAAGUCGAUGUAAAGACAUUUCUUCACACAGAGAAGAAGCUGAAAAUCACUGGAAUCUCACACAGAGCGAGAGAGAGAGAGCGAGACGCUGACUUCAUCUUUUUUUUCUUUCCUUUCGCCGCUCUAAAGGACAAAUAGAGGGAACAAACAUGAAGUCCACACUACAUGUUUCAACUUUAACUUUGCACUCGUUUCCUCUUAUCAUGUGACUCAUUAAUUUAAACCCCACGUUUUUCAUAUCUCCUGUGGAAAACCCAAAAAACUGUGAUCCCACUCUUAUUUAUUUCGUCUAUAUUAUUAUUACUAUUGUUAUUCCUUAUUAUUAGUAAUAUAUUGAUCUUGAAUUUUUUUUCCCCCUCUUUGGAAAGACUUUUUUUUUCUUUUUUUUUUACCCUGAUGUUUAGGCUUCCAACUGACAUGAAAUGAUGUUCUUUUUUUUUUUUUUUUUUUUCUUUUUUUUUUUUUAAAGUUAUUUUCCUGUGAUCCAGCUCCGAAGUUCAUCACUUGCGCUUCACUGUUUGUUUGUUUUUUCCAGAUCCACAGUGAAGACGUAUUUGAUUGGAAUUUGAAAUAUAAAGCCACUGUUUUGUUUUGUUUUUUGUUUUGUUUUUCAAACUUUUUUCCAAAUUUGAAAUCAAUUAACAAAAUAUAAUUCUACCUCAAGCGGACAACAGAGGCAGAGGAACAAUUAACACACACACACACACACACACACACACACACACACACACACACACACACCUGUACCUGCACAAACCCAGGGCCUGAGUUGUACCUGAACAUAAUCUCACACCUUUAGUAUAUAAAACACUUGUGCCUUAUAGUGAAACUGCUGUAAUGAAACAAAGCCACUGCAGAUCUAAAGAUUUUUUUUUUAAACCCAGAUGAACUCGUGACAGCUGUGUGUAAUGAUAUCAGUUUCUUGAUUCGCAUCUGUCUCUGGAUGUGGGUUCAGACUUAAUGCACUUUCCGGGGAGGAAACAGGAAUGGCUACGAUGCUGAGGGGACGACAACAACAACAACAACAACAACAAAAAACAAGCACGUUGUGUCCUUUCUGCUUCGUAGCCAGACUGGGAUUGCAAAGGUGCCAAUACUUACAAUUCAGCUGUAGCAUUUAUAUAUUUUUUUUGUUUUUUUAAACCUGUUGCUAUGGCAACAUGAGAGACACCUGAAAUCUCAGCGGAGAAGACGAUUCACUGAAGGGGACGUGACGUGAAAGACGUUCAAUUCUGGUUACGUUUUCUUUCGUAAAUAAAUAAACGGCCUGAUAUUUAUUAUUAUUAUUAUUAUUAUUAUUAUUAUUAUUAUUAUUAUUAUUAUCAUCACCAAUGCAGAUGUUUCGCCUUUUACUGUUGUUUAGCGCACAUCUGGGGAGGCGGAAAAGAAACUAGCUAGUUGGUUAACUUUCCCACUAUAUUCAUCCGGGUCGUUAUCAUCGCGUCGUCUCGUCCAGUGACGUUUGAGGUCAAAUCAAUUUUUUCUUUUUUUUUUUUUGCCUGAUAGAAUUAUUAUUAUUAUUAUUAUUAUUAUUAUUUCUUUUUCUUUUUUCCCCCCAAAUCUCAGUGCGUUGAAAUCUUCUCCCCGUUCACUCUCAGCAGAUUUUCUUGUCUUGCACAGCAGAAUCUUUAGCGAUCGUUUCCUCUGGAAGUGCUGCUCGAGCGAGGUCUCGUUCGGUUUGCGUUCGAGAGAACCGAACGUUUUGGCGAAGGAGAUGGAUAUCCGAGGAAACUCUGGCAGUUGUUACGUUUAAGUCAAAAUAAAAACUAAGAAACAUCCAGAAGCUUUGCUGUAGGUCUCACGUUAUUUAUUAAAUAUGGAACUGCAAACUGUCCUGGCGAACAAAGCGACCGAGGACGAUUUGCCGCGUCACCUUUUUUGAAUUUUUCGUCAAAGUGUCACUUUUGGGGUUCGGUUUCGUUUCCGAUCGUUUCCAUUGAUGCAUUCCAGCAAAGUUACCUUCAAACAGCCAAUCAGAAAGGAGUAUUUUUCCCAGCCAUCGUUUAAAUCAAACUGAUUGUUAUUUAUUGUAUUUAAUUUCAGUGUUUUAACUACAGAAGAAUGCUAACCUUUCUGAAACGUGACACGAUCCGAAUUUUUCUCCAAAAUUCCGUAACCAAAUUUUCAACUCCAACCUUUUUUUUUUUCAUUUACUUAUUUAUUUAUUUAUUUUUUUACUACAAAAUAUUUUUUCCUCCAGAAAAUGUCAGCUGGAUUCAGAGCAAUAACACAUAGUUGGCUUUGUGUGUGUGUGUGUGUGUGUGUGUGUGUGUGUGUGUGUGUGUGUGCCUGUCCUUGCUGUUGUCCACUGUUAAACGAGUGCCAUGAAAAGCAUUUCUCAAACCAGCUACACACACACACACACACACACACACACACACACUCGCGCGCACACACGGAGACAGACAGUAACUUGGUUCUUGGUUUAAAGGUGUGUUUUGGAAAACGUUGGCUUUUUAUUUUCUUUCUGAGGUUCCCAGCGGGAUUCCUGUACUGGAAAUGUGAACUUUGUAAGGACGGCUGAGAUUUAAGGGCUGCACAUGAAAUCCGAAAAGGAAAUUGUAUUACUGUAUUUAUUUUUAUCAUAAAUUAUCAACGAAAGGAAAACUCUAGAACUAUUUGUCCUGUCUGAUCAUGUGAUAAUGCUUUUUUUUUUUUUUUUUUUUUUUUUUUUUUUCCAGCUUUUGUCGAAUUUUCAAUUCUUCCAAAGAACGCUGUUUUACUUGUUCUUAAGACAAAUUUUACAGGAUGUGUUUUUUUUUCUUUUCUUUUCUUUUUUUUUUUUGUUGUUGUUUGUUGUUUCAUCUUUGUACACUAAAUGAAAAGGUCCUCCAUAUUUCCGCAUCACGCGAUCGUUCUGUAAAAGUCCGAAUCAUGUAUACGAGUUUAUGCUUUAUGUUCUAUAUCACAUGCGUGAGGGUGUUUUUGACGUGCAAAACGGAGCGUGUUUUUUCUUCCCACAUGCACCAUGAGUUUCAAGAUAAACGAUGGGGGGAGGGAGGGAAAAGAAGAAGAAGGAAAAAAAACAAACAAAACUUUCCAUCAGAUUGUUCGGAAUCAUUUUGUAAUUUUGCCUUGUUGGACAGAUGUAAAUAGUGUUAUGUACAGCGCUGUAUAAAGAAUGGCAAUUAAAUGAGUUUUGUUCUUUUUUCUUUUUCUUUCCUUUAACUUACCAAAAAAAAAAAAAGAUCAGUCAUCCACCCCCACACACAGCUGUUUAUGCAGACAUUUGUAGCUUCGAUGGAGAAGCGAGGGGUCGAGUCGGAUCGUCGGUUCCUCUCUGAGCGCCGACCACAGCUCUGAUUUUUGUCUGAUACUUCGCAGGCAAUAAAGUUUUUUGGGGAAAAAAUCA